AACUUGCGGCUGGCGCUCUACUCCGGGGGAGACUUGUGGAAACAAAUAUGUAUUUUUACCGGAAAAAAUAAAUGAAUUUAAAGAAUUUGUUGCUAACGUUAUUGUGUUAAUGGUAUACUUUAAUACAAGGAAGGCUUUUUAUAGGUUUUUAUUUGAAAUAUUAACAAUUCGUUAUUAUAUGUUGUCGACUCCAUAUUUUGUUCGCCCCCGGAAAUUUCAUUCCAAUAAGACUGUUUGUUUUCAUAUUGUACAAAAUGAACGUUCAUACACAAUAUAUAUUUAAUACAAUCGUAUAGGAAAUGGCGACGAAUAUAAAAGAGACGUGCAGCGACAAGACAAACGAGAAGAAAGUCAUAAAAAAGGACUUUGCCACGAAUGUUAUGUCAAGUCUUUACGAGUUAAAGAAAAGUGGAGAAUUCUGUGACAUUGUGUUACAUGCUGGCGACAGAGACUUCAAUGUACAUAAAGUUGUUCUUGUGUCUUCAAGUCCGUAUUUCAGUGCAAUGUUCCGCAGUAAUAUGAAUGAGAAAUUUCAGAAUGAGGUGGACAUCAAGGGAGUAACCAGUGAAUCAAUGGAAUUACUUCUUGACUUUUGCUAUACUGGCGAGCUUACAAUCACCGAGAGUAAUGUGGAAGAUUUACUUUUGGCAUCAGACCUCUUAGGCUUCGGCCUAGCGAAAGAGGCUUGUGACAGUUUUCUGCUUGACCAACUAGAACCCGAUAACUGCCUUGGAAUCUUUCAACUGAGCGAGAAAUACGCAUGCGUUAAACUUUGUAGCAAGGCAGAGGCCUACGUCAAGGCGAACUUUAAAGCGGUUGCCAAGUGCGAUGAAAUUUUGAACUUGGAUGCCAAGCAACUGAAGUAUUUGCUGGAAAGCGACGAAAUCAACGUCGAUGACGAAUAUGAAAUCUUAGAAAUGAUUUUCACAUGGGUAAAAAAUGACGCGAAGAAAAAUCGCAAAUUUUUGCCGUUUUUACUUCCCGCCGCAAAGCUUUCGUUCAUCCCGCCAAAAAGACUUCGUGAAGCCUCCAAGGAGAGCUUGAUACAGGGUGAUAUAUUUCUGCAAAAUAUGAUCGAGGAAGCAAUGAUAUGCCAUUGCGAGUGUGCCGGUAUACCUAUGAGAGGAUCCUGUGCCACCUGGUUGUACAUCCUUGGAGGGGAGAGGUCGUUCAUGAAGGAAACCAGAUCCAUUGAGUAUUUUGAUUGCGAGCGUAUGGAGUGGGACACUGCCAUGAAACUCCCGGGUAGCCGGGUAGCGUGUGCUGUCACGGUGCUGGGGAAUAAGCUGUACGUGAUUGGUGGAAGCAGGCAAGGGACAAAGUUGAAUACGGUGCAGUCGUAUGAUCCACAGAGUGCCGGGUGGAAGAACGUUGCUUACUUGACCAAGUGUCAAGGCGAAGUAAAGGCCGCCGUGAUGAACGGGAAUAUUUAUGUAGCUGGAGGAUCUUGCAUUGGCCAAGCAACCUGUAGCUAUGUGGAGAAGUAUUGUCCAGUCAGCAAUAAGUGGACAUUGGUGUCAAACAUGAAUCACAAGCGACGGAGACUUGCUCUUGUGCCUGUAAACAACUCGCUGUAUGCCGUUGGCGGUUUUGACGACCAGAAAGGAUAUUUAUCUUCUGUGGAACAUUUCAGGCCCGAUACCAACCAGUGGCAGGAGGAUGCCGCCAUGUUGCACCAAAGAUGUGAUUUUGGUGCCGUGGAACUUUCCGGUUAUAUUUUUGCCGUUGGCGGCGUGAACGAGCGACAUGGCUCGUUGUCCUUGGUCGAGAGGUACAACCAAUCGACGAACAGCUGGGUGAAAAUGUCGCCCAUGAACAGGCCACGUGGUGGCCUAGCUGUCGCUGUGUAUUGUGGGAAGAUUUUUGCCAUGAAUGGAAUGAGCGAGUACAUGUCAGUCGAAGACAGCGUGGAGUGCUACGAUGAAGUGUCGAACUCCUGGAGACACGUGGCUGGUACAACUUUGGGAAGAUUUGGAGCGGCUGCUUUUGUCUUCAAAUUUUUAAUUUAAAAAAUGCUAUACCAUAUAGUUAAUAUAGUUCUAUUAAACAAAGCAACAAGAACGAAGACGGAAAAUUACUUGCGCGAAUUUAAAGCUGCGCGAAUAAGUCUCAUCAAGGUGCGCGAAAUUAAAUCGCGCGAAUUUAAAGCUGAGCGAAAAUGAGUACCGCGCGAAUUUUAAUACAAGUAAGGUAUACGCGAAAAGUCGUUUUCCAAGCUCCUCGUGGAGUAAUCCAGUAAAUCCACCCGCACAUCUUCGCAGUUAGACAUGCAAACACGUGCCCUUCAAUAAACAAUAGGCACAACAUCAAGCAAUUUGGUAAUACUUAAAAAAGAAUUUCGUGUGAACUGUGUAAACAUUUUACAGUUUCAUGGUAAAGUCCUUUCAAACAGCUUUUUUUUAAAGCUUGGGGCUGUUAUACUUUGAGCUAUUUAAAGAGUUUAAACUCACAUGCACAGCAGUAAAUUGAUUUGCUUCAAAGAUGUGAGUAUAAUCGAAAACAGUGAUCCAGCAAAUCAAGGAACACCCAGCAUACUGUAUAUGAUCGAAGACAGUGGUAUGUUAUAUAUGAUUACAGAAUAAAAUUUUAGUC